UGAAGAUCAUAAAUUUGUGUUCAUUCGACUAACGUGUCUAACGUGAGGGCUUUUAAAACGAUCGCGGCAUUCUUUCGUGCGGCUCUAACUGUUUAUUCUUCGCUGUUGGUUAUCGAAAUUGUGCGCAAUGAGUGUGUAGUGUUCAAAUCACCUACGAACAGAGAGUAUUCGUUUCCUGGUGGGAACGUGAAUCGAUGUUACUGACAUAGUAAAUGGUAUUUAUCCUACAGAAGUACAAUAAUAGCUCCUAUCUUUGAGUUUGGUUGUUGAUGUUAUACAACCUGCGCCAUGAUAAUAAAUAGUGAUAUAAUUCCGGGAGCGAUCCCAAAGCGGCUGAUAGUAACGAUCAUGAUAUUCAUGGCGUGUACGGCAUCGUUCAUGUUGCGUGUACACAUGUCGAUCAAUCUGCUCGCAAUGGUACAACCGACGGUACGCGGCACUAACCACACCACCAUCAACGGCAUCGCCACCACCGCGACCACCGUGACCUCGGAACCCUUGGUGACCCUUGAUGUGACGAAUGGAUCGUUGCUACUACCCUUCAAUGACACCCAGUACGGCGAUGACAAUGAUGACCAAGUCACGCCACUGGUUCCGGAUUUUGGUCCACGCUACGACUGGAGCCAAACUGUACAGAGCCACAUACUGGGUGCCUAUUUCUACGGUUAUCUUUUAACGUCACUCCCGGCCGGCCCACUAGCUGAACGAUACGGGCCACAGCGGCUGAUCGGGUACUCCUUUUUAUUGUCGGCCAUCGUUACGGCGCUUUUCCCGCUUUUCGCCAUGGUUGACGCGAGUGCUAUCAUAGCGGGUCGAUUCCUGAUUGGAGUGCUGAGCGGGUGCGUCUACCCAACGCUACACAACGUCAUCUCACGCUGGAUUCCACCGAACGAGAAAAGCAAAGCCGUUGCCUGCAUUUCUGGCGGUAGUACGUUCGGAACGGUCAUAACAUGGCCUUUCGCUGGCCUGCUGACCGAGCACCUGGGAUGGGUGUACGCCUUUUACGUGCCAGCCCUAAUAUCGGCCCUCGUAGGGAUCGUCUGGUUUUGGCUCGUAUCGGACUCGCCGAGUGAACACAAGACCAUCACGAAAGAGGAGCGCGACUUCAUCGAAUCAUCUUUCGGUGAUACCGUCUCGAAGGUCAAGGCACGACCACCACUCGCGAAAGUGCUGACUUCGUUACCCUUUUUGGCACUGAUCCUGGCUCACUACGCCAGCUUCUGGGGCUUGAACUUCUUCGUCACGCAAGCGCCCAAGUUCAUAAACGAAGUACUGGGCUUCAAGCUGGCCAACGCCGGAUUUCUCUCCAGUUUGCCGUACGUGGCCAGAAUGUUUUCCGGCUUUCUCUUCGGAUACAUUGGCGACCUGUUGCGCCGCAAGCAACUCAUGAGUGUGACCAGCCUCCGCAAAUCCUUCACCGUAUUCUCUCACUUCCUGCCAGGUGCAUUCCUGAUCGCACUACCGUUUAUUGCACGGGAUCCCAUCGUCACAGUGUCGUGUAUCGUGGCCUGUCUGGGCUUCAACGGUGCCUCCACGAUCACCAAUUUGGUCAACGCGCAAGAUUUGGCACCCAACUUUGCGGCUACCCUGUAUGGAUUGAUGAACUUUUUGGCCACAACGGCCGGCUUUCUGGCUCCGAUGCUGGUCGCAUUCUUCACGAAGGAAAAGAACACAAUGGACGAAUGGAAGUACGUGUUUCUCAUCACGGCAGGAAUCUACAUUCUAUCCGGUAUCAUUUUUACGGUGUUUGGAUCCGGUAAGGUACAGAAAUGGAACGAGAUCAAGGAACAACCCGCCGAAUCGUCCCCAACGCCAACACCAGCAGUUCAGAGUGUGAGACUGUAGAACCGCACGUCGUUUGGUAUCUGUUAUUACUUUUUUAUUUCAGUCAUGAACUCAACUCAGUGUAACAAAGUACGUGUAUUAAGAAAGAUUAGGCAGAAUAAACAGUAAGGAUUCGC